AUGAAGUUCUUCACCAUCGUCACCCUCCUCGCCGCUGUUGCUAUUGCCUCUCCUCUCGAGGAUGCCCUCAACGUUGGCAGCGAGUGGUGGGGCGAUCACGAUCACAACGACCACGACGACCAUAUCGCUCAUAUCUGCCCCCAAGGCCUCUACAGCAACCCCUACGAAAAGUUUUAUGACUCUGAAGAUUUGCGCAAGACAUGCACCAAGGCCAAGGAAUCGGCUCUCUGCUGCGUUGCUUCCGUGAGCGACGAGGCUAUUCUGUGCCAACCUCCUUUGGCCUAA